AUGUUGUCAAAUAGUUUACUGUACACAUCAUUUCAACCAACAGGUGGAUACAAUUUACCAACAGAAAAUUUCACAUUGUCAAAUCCACAACAUUAUUCAUAUAAUCAUACUGUUCAUCAUCAUUGUUAUUAUUAUUAUCCUAAUAUUCCUCAGAACCAAUCACUGAAUCGUCACACUGACAUGGUAAGCCUUUGGAAUUCUACUUCCGCCUUCAACGAAACAAAUACUGACAGUAAUAUUUCAAAGUCAAUCAACAAUGAUGUAGUUAACGUCAGUGAUGGUAUUGUUAAUUCAAAUAACACUGUGAACUCCGUUAACUCCAUCCCUUCUUCAUUAUCUUCCGUUUCCUCAUUGUUAUCAUCAUCAACGAUAUCAACGCUGCCGUCACCAUCAUCGUCAACAUCUUCACUAAAGAAGACUCAAUCCACAAAACUAAUGACAAAUACAUUAAACUCCACUGUAAUAACAACAAAAAACUUUUCAACGUUCUCAUCGCCAUCAUUACCAUCAUUGACUACAUCGAAUAUAACGACUGUUGAUAACGCAACAAGCGUAAAAUCAAGGAAUAUCAAAAAGGAGAUUUGUCUAAUCAAUACAAGCCUGGAAAACCGUCAUCAUAUUAGUGAUGUUGUACCGGCUAAACCUUCUGGUGAUAAUUUCGAAGGUAUCUUAGUGAACAAUAACAAUAUCAGUCAGUGUAAUAAUAGUAAUAACAUACACUGUUUCUAUAAAUCAUCAUUGUCUGAUUUAGCGCCAGUGUUUAUUGAAUCACAAAACGGUGAAGUGGUGAGACCAUUCCAGUAUAACAACGAUACAAUUGUUCAUUUUACUACAACGAACACAGAUGAUAUUAAUUAUGAUAAUAGCCUCUGA